GCCCAGUUUGAUGUAGGUAUCGCGCUGGCCUAGCGCUAGUUUGUCUGUUUGUGCAUCAAAGGUAGAAGCAGCCAACAUCAAUCAUCCACUUCUAUACGACGUCGUUGAAGCUUCCUGCUCUCAAGCAGAGGAAAAAGACCCGAGCUUUUCCCAAAUUCCCUAGAAAAAAAGACCGGAAAAAGGCGCUAUAGGGCCAGGGGACACGAUGCAGAAAACAGUACAAGCGUGGUUUACGCAGAGCAGUAGUGGAGGUGGAGAUCCACAGAAUCAAGGGUCUUCCCUCCUGGCAGAUUGGAAUUCGUAUGCUGCCACCAGAGAUGAGGAGGAGAGAGGGGGACCUGGAGCCCUCAGCUUCGAUAUUGAGUCUGCUGUCAGGUCCGCCAAUGAAUCCGUCACUGGCACCUUUGGCGUUGUAUCAAAAGGAGUGAGAGAGCUACCAGGAAACUUCCAGUCUGCCACCAGUAGCUUACCCUCCGGGAAAGCUCUUAUGUAUUUUGGAUUAUUUCUGGCAACCGGAGUAUUCUUUGUUUUCAUCGCCUUUACCAUGUUCCUUCCAGUUAUGGUGUUAAUGCCCCAGAAAUUCGCUAUCUGCUUUACACUUGGAUGUGGCUUUAUUAUUGGGUCAUUCUUUGCACUUAGGGGUCCCAAGAAUCAACUUCAACACAUGACAUCUGAGGAGAGACUUCCUUUUACGGUGGUAUUCAUGGUCACUAUGGCGGGUACCAUAUAUGUGUCCAUGGUGCUUCAUAGCUACAUUCUUUCCGUGCUGUUCUCGGUGUUGCAGGUUAUUGGGCUUGCGUACUAUGCUAUUUCAUACUUCCCUGGUGGUUCAGCUGGGAUGAAGUUCCUCACAUCAGCCCUAACCUCUUCAAUAUUGAGAUGUUUUGGGAGGUGAGACUUUGGCUUAUAUGUCAUUCCCUUGUAUAUUUUCUCCUUUUGUCCCUAUGCGGUGCGUUGGGAACUGGAAUGGAAUGGUACAAGAUUGAGUGCUGAAUCACAGCCUUUUUUUUGAUCUCUACUCCUUGGAGACCCAAUACCAAAAUUAAAAAAAAAGAAAGACUUUGAUAUGCUACAUUUCCCUAGUAGGGGCUCUGGUUUUGGGUCGAUUUUUUUUUCUGUAUCUCUCUUACAAAUGAAUGGAGAUUGGGGUUUUACUUGCUCACUUGUCAAAAAUUGGCAUGCAUUGUUAUCCUUUAUACUUUUAACAUGUAAUUGGUGUUGGAUAUAUAGGCUGUUUUUUGUUA